GUGUUUGUGCGUGUCCUCUAAUGUUAACUGUAAUAUGAAGAAGAUGAAUUUACAAGUAAUGUCUGGGUUGGCUUGUCAACAGUAGUUUUUGUCGGGGUGUGUGUGUGUGUGUGUGUGUGUCUCUGUGUGAGACAUGGCUCUCUUCACGGACUCAGACUUCUCUUUACUCGAGCAGAACCAGCAGAGGGACGUGGUGGAUUUCAAGGCGAUGUUUGGAGAACCGGACCACUGUAAAGAUGCCCGGAAUGAGUGCGCGCUGUCCUCUCCGGAGCCGGACAGAGCCGCCGCCGCCGGUUUGAUGGAGGGCCAGAGGAAGAGGAAGAGGACCAUCUUCAGCCGAGCUCAGCUGUCCGAGCUGGAGCAGGCCUUCGCUGUGACUCCCUACCCGGACAUCACCCUGAGGGAGAGGCUGGCCGCGUUCACACACCUGCCCGAGAGCAAGAUCCAGGUGUGGUUUCAAAACAGAAGAGCCAGAAGUAUCAAGAUUGUGAGACAGCCCAAGUCCACCCAGCCAGGCCUGGGAGGAAGAGAGGUUGUGGACACCCCCCCGAUGCCUGUGAGCUCUGGUUUUCUCACCUCAACCACCCUGACGGACAUAUUCAGGCGAGAGCCGAACCACGCCUGUGACGAUGUCCCACAGAUUUAUUCUGAUUGGAUCCACAUCUACAGCAACCCAGUAUCAUCGCCACCGCCAUCUUCCUCAUCUCUCCACCAGCAGCCCACACUGGGUCCCUCAAAACCCUCAGAGUCUCGUUUCUGGGAGGAGGAGCCCCACCAGCGGCAGCACCUGGGGCCGGCACUUCCCGGUUUCCUUCCCGGUUCGUUUCCUCAGCCUAUCAGCAGGCAGCCUCACCACUCGGCCUCCGCCCGCUCCUACCAGGCUUUCAGGAACUUCAAACCCCAGACUUUGGCUCCAUCUGGGACUCAUCAGGCCGUGUACGGAGACAGCGCUGCAGGUGGAGGUCACACCUCUGUAGACCAGGUAGUCCCCUCCCACCCUCAGCCGGUGUACUGGGAGGUAACUCAGGGCCAAGGUCCCCACCACCCACACCCCCAUCACCACCCACAGAUGGGUACGCAGACCUCCAUGGGCUACAUCUCAGACCUGAUCUACAACGCUGCUAUUGUCACCAACUUCCUGGAAUUCUGAUUAGUCUGGAUGAAGAUCAUGAACAGGGAAUUAUUAAUACUGGAUAGCUAUUGUAACUAUUUCUGUCUCCUUUGUAUUUCCAGUUACAACACCUCCUGUGUCUGUAUCUGUCAUGUAAGUUACCAGAGUCGAAUGUUCCUCAAACCUCUAUAUAGGCUAUAGAGUUAUUUUCAAGUUGUAGUGUUUUUUUGGUAUACUCCAGUCAUACAGUUGCUUUGGAUCUGUUUUCCCAACUGAGUUUCAAUGUGCAAUGCAAACGUUUAAAUACAAAGAGCCAAGCUUGCUAAAGUCAUCAGUACACGUUUCAGUGCUUUUUACUGAGCGUACAGAUCACUGCAUCAAUGUGUCAACAUUGUGUUUUUACAUUCGUCCUUAUUCUAACAUUAGCUGGUGAGCAGCAUUAAAACAUAACCCUAAUGACUUCACCUCGAUUGCCUUGCACGUCAAAGGUAUGAAAGUGGUGUAAAGAGAAGAAGAAGGAGGUAAAAUAAAUGUUUUGAAUACUAAUAAAUGUUGUCUGCUGGUUGUGUUAAUUGUAGUUUCAUGUCAUAGCCACGAUUUCCAGCAUUACUGUAGCAUUAGAUCAGAUUGAUGUGUGAGUAUAAUUUUUAAGACUUGGUGUCUUGAAUAAAAACAAAAGUGGUCGAUAGUAACAGUCCAAUCAUGAUCAUUUUGUCUUUUAUGUAUAUAAGAUCUACUGUAGUUUAAAAUUUAGACUGCAGUAUCUCCUGUAUAUUUAAAGCAGUGCCACAAAUGAAAAACAUUCACAUUAUUUCAAAUACUGACUUCUGUUAUAUUUGCAUCUGUAUUUUUUCAUUAAUUGCUAGUUGUAUAAUUUUGAGCAAAUGCCCACUGCAGAUGGUGUUUUAAUGAUUGGCUUGUGUUUAUUGGUAUGCCUCUGACAGCACUCCUUUAUUUUAAAAAGCAUCAAUGAAUACAAUUCU